AUUUCAAGCAUUUUCUCAAUAUUUUUGUUUCAAAAUUUCAAUUCAUAUUUAAAUUAUGUUUAGUUUAAGUAAAUCUGUUUCUCGGCUCAAAUCGCUGUCGAAGAACCGAAAGAGUGGUGACGAUGUCAGCGGUGAUCCGCCCCUCAAGAAGAAGGCCAAAAAGGCGAAGAAGUCACCGAAACAAGACGUGGGAUCUAUUGACCCGAAAACAGGACUCGCGAAGAGAGGUGUUGUCAUGAUUAGUGACUUUCCCAUCGGUUUCUACGAAAAGCAAAUGUCAGAGUAUUUCUCACAAUUUGGUAAAGUCUUAAGGAUUAGGAUUUCCAAGAAUAAGAAGACGGGAAAGAGACGUAAUUAUGGAUUCGUUGAGUUUGAGUUCGAAGAAGUGGCCAAAAUUGCGGCCCAAACUAUGGACAACUAUCUCAUGUUUGACCACAUCGUCAAAUGCAAAUUUAUAUCGAGUGACGAAUUGAAAGAAAAGCCCAAUUUGUUGAAGCGUUGGAACAAAGAGUUCGUCACUUCCACACAAAUCCAUAAAUCAUUGCAUAACAAAAACAAAUCCAUUGAACGAGAGUUUAAAUUAACCCGAAAUCGGCUCAAGAAAGUCCAUGAGAUGGAGAGUAAGCUGAAAGAGAGUGGCAUUGAAUACAAGUGUCAAGUGAUUGAUUUGCCGGACAUCACGAGUCUUAGAAACGCCAGAAAAGUGACACAAAAGGAGACA